CCGAUGUUCGACAUUGGUGGAUCGCGGAAUUCGCGAAGCAACAAUCUUGGUCUUUUCUCGAUCUUUUACUCGAGUUGUCUUAACGUCGCGAGACUGUUGUUGAAAGUGAACCGAGUCGAAUACAGAGAAAAAUUUCGUCGUUGAAAUAUCUUGAUCGAUGGAUCUCUCCUAACUGGAACCGAGAGGCAAGAAUUCAGUCGUACAUACAAUGUCUGCGUUGGAAGAAUACGUUUGUCUGCUCUCGGCGGAAGAGAAGGCGUACAUGGCGGCAAAUUUGAACGAAACCGACGAUAUAAGACCCGUUAAAAUCACCGAACUCAGAGAAUAUAUCAUGGGAAACGAUGAUCUACACGCGCCUAUCGACGAUUUCUUCAUUCUACGUUUUCUGCGAGCAAGUAAAUUCAACGUAGAAAAAGCAAAGUGCAAACUGUUAAAUUAUUUAAAGCAAAGAGCGAAUCUUCCGGAAUGGUACAGCAACAGAGAUCCUUUUCUGCCGGAGUUACAAGAACUCUUCGAUCUUGGGAUGUUUCUACCUUUGAGGAAGUUGGAUAACGAGGGAAGAAUGGUCGUGAUAAUCCGCGCAACCGUGCACACGCCUGCGAGACAUAAAAUGUCGGAUUUGCUCAAGGCAUCGUUGAUGACUUUGGAUUUGGCGUUGAGGGAGAACGAGUCGGUAACCAUUCAUGGUCUGAUAGCAAUCCUGGACAUCGGUGGCGUAACGUACGAACACGCGUGUCAAUUACCGCCGAGCGUGAUUAAGAAUUUAACUCACGCGUGGCAAGGCUGUUAUCCUGUCAGAAUUCACUCGUUAAACUUUAUCAAUACACCCAGAUUCGUGAACGCCGUGUUGAAUAUCUUUAGAAGCUUCAUGAAUUCAAAGUUGAAGCAAAGGCUGCACACUUAUGCUCGCGGUAAAUUGAAAUUGAACGAAACUUUGCCGAUCGACAUUUUGCCGCGAGAUUAUGGCGGUACGGAUGGCACGGUGAAGGAACUCAGCGAGUAUUGGAAGCGUCUCGUGGAGGACAAUAGAGAGUGGUUCGCCGAGGAGGAAAAGUACAAAUUGACAUUGAUUAAGUAACUAGAUUGAUUCUAAUUUGCUAUAACAAGCACUUGCAUACGCAAUCGUUCGAGUUGUUAUUGCGAACUGUACGCGAUAGAUAUUCAAGCUUUUUAUAUCUUUUUCUGUGAAAUCUUUUUAUACACAAGUUUAUAAGGAAAAUAGAAAUGUACAGUUUCCGUUUCUUGUCUCUCCUAUAUAUACAUAUACAUAUACAUAUGUAUGUAUAUCCUAUCGAUGUAUCCUUUACGGUAUUUCUUACUCAAACAUUGAGAGAUAAAAUUCAACUAGAAAAAAUCGAAUAGAAAUAUCGUACAAUUUCGAAUCUUUCAAAAAUAUCGGUACUGUAUAAAACGUAACGGCUAUGAUUAUUUAUAUACUACAGUAUGAUACAUUUCCGUCUCCUAGGUGCGUAUCGCACAUUUAGCAUCCGUUAACGUUCGAUCGGUAACUUUGCAAUCGUGUUCCCAAACGAAAUUUCUUUUCUCGCAAAACUCCCUACACGACUUCGUUGUACGGUAUAACGUACAAUUUUUUAUGGAGAUUCGUUUCUCGCUUUUUCCCGCUAAUGGACGGGCGAAGGAAAGAAUAUCGCACCGCGAGUCGUUUACCCGUGUCUUGUUUGCGAUUGUUAGAAUUUAAAUACGAGGUACAUUUAUGUUCAUGGGCAAGUUAAACCGUCUUACUUCUAAUAGAAUAAUUCGUUAACAACUUAACAACUCGCUACUCGCGAUCCCGUUUACAUUUCAGAGAAAUUUACGAGUACGCGUCGUACCGACAAACUCGAGUACAAACGCGUAGCGUUCGCCUCUUUUCGAUACUUGUGGGACACCCGAGAUACGCUACGUAUUUUGAGCGUCCGUUACGCGAUAUCGUUAAAUAAAACUAUACGCGAGACGUGCGAAAAGAACGCCUCGAGUUAUUAUUUACUCGCGCGAACGUGGUCGCCACCGAAACAUUUCCUACAACCCGUGGGAUAAAACAUCUGAACGAGACGACGAGUACUUGUCUCGGAGAGUGGAUAUCCGGGAUAAAACGUAUCCCUGAAGAUGUUCGUUGUAUUACAGAUUUAAAAAAAAGAAAGA